AUGGCAGAGAGUGUGGUAACUUUUCUACUUAAGAAACUGUCGUCGUUGUUGGAAGAUGAGGUGAAACUCAUGAGGGGAUUUCGAAAUGACGUUGCUUUUGUGAAGAAUAAGUUGGAUCGAAUAAGAGCCUUCUUGCACUCUGCUGAUGCUGCGGAAGAUGAAGAUGAGGAAAUCAAAGUUUGGGUUAAGCAAGUUAGAGAGGUUGCUUACGAUGCAGAAGACAUCAUCGAUGAUUUCUUGUAUAGAUUUGAGCAUUCCAAGCGACAUACUGGAUUCUAUGCUUAUUUAUCUAAGACAACUCAAGGAAUAAAAAAUUUGAAAGCUCGUCGUAGUAUUGCCUCCCAAUUGAAAAAAAUCAAACUCAGAGUUACUGAUAUUUCUGAGGGGCGAAAGAGAUAUGGGUUCAAAGAGCUCGGGCUUGGCCCGAGCUCUGGAACUAAACCUUGUUACUUUUCUGAGCUUAGAAAUGAUGCGCGGUUGUUGGAAGAUGAUCAGCUGGUGGGAAUUGAGUCACAAAAGCAACAUCUUUUGAGUUUUCUUAUGGAGAAUACUUCUCAACUACUAGUGGCUGCAGUUGUUGGAAUGGGAGGGUUGGGCAAAACCACUUUGGUGAAUACAGUUUAUGGUGAUUUAAAAGUAAAGACCCAUUUUCAUCAAAUCCAAGCUUGGGUUACUGUUUCGCAAUCGUUGAAGCUAGAUGAAGUUUUGAAGCAAAUCAUCCAGCAAUUAUAUGAAGCUAUUAACCAACCACUUCCUAAUGAAGUUGACAAGUCCACAGACACCCACUUCCUAAAGACAAUCAUUGUUCAUUUUCUUUGUAACAAAAAGUAUUUGAUUGUAUUGGAUGACAUUUGGGAUGUAGAUGCAUGGGAAGCAUUGAAAGUUAUAUUUAGGAAUAACAACAACGGUAGCCGAAUAAUUAUCACAGCUCGUAUUGCACUGGUGGCUUCUUCCUCUACUAAAGAUCUUGGUGGUGAGAGUUUGACAUUAAAUCCUCUGUCUUCUAAAGAUUCUUGGGCUCUGUUUUGUGCUAAAGCCUUUCAAGGUAGUCCAUGUCCUUCUCAUUUGGAGGAAAUUUCAAGAAACGUCCUUAAAAGAUGUGAAGGAUUGCCUCUUGCCAUUGUGGCAAUAGGAAGCAUGUUGGCCACAAAAGACAUGAAUCGAGUUGAUGAAUUCGAGAUUGUUGAGCGUUCUCUACAAGCUGAAUUGUAUGGCAAUAAAAAACUGAAAGGCAUGCAAGCCAUACUUUCACUUAGUUUAAAUGAUUUGCCUUACCACUUGAAGCAUUGCCUCAUGUAUCUAAGCUUAUUCCCUGAGGAUUACUUGAUUAAACACAAUGUUUUGAUUCGAUUGUGGAUUUCUGAAGGGUUUAUAGAAGAAAUUGAAGGAAGAUCGUUAGAAGAAGUGGGACAUGGUUGUUUCAAUGAGCUUAUUAAUAGAAGCUUACUCCAAGUGACUGAAAGAUACUUAGAUGGAAGAGUUAAUAGUUGUCGAGUGCACGACAUUUUAAGAGAAACUAUGCUUCUUAAAUCAAAAGAUCAAAGCUUCGCAACAAUAACUAAUAAAGAGAGUAGUAGAAGGCUCCCCAAAAGUGUUAGAAGACUAUGUGUCCAUGAAGGAACAAAAAUAGAUACAUUACGGGAGAAUCAACUAUCCCAACUGCGUUCUUUUCUCGUAUUCACCAAAGAAAUUAAUGUUUCAUUUUCUCAAAAGGGGUCAAGACUUGUCAAGGUGUUGGAUUGUACAAGUGUACCAAUGACCACAUUUCCAAAAGAUAUCACAAAGCUAUACCAUUUACGAUACCUGUGUUUAAGAGACACCAAUGUAAGUUCAAUUCCACCUUCUAUUGCUAAUCUUAGACAUCUUGAAACACUAGACCUCAAAAAUACUUUUGUACAAGAGCUGCCUAAGGAGAUUUUAAGCUUAGAGUGUUUACGGCAUGUAUUACUUUAUGAUUAUAAAAAUUCACCAGUAAUGCGAGGUUUUAAGGCUUUAAAAGGAAUAGAUUCUCUUUCUUCCUUGAGAAAACUAAACUGUGUUGAGGCAAAACUUGGUGAUACCGAGUUUCUAGUGUCCAUAGGAAAUUAA